GGCAGUUACUGGGCUCUGAGGAGCACCUGCCACAACUGACUUGUGAUGGAGCAGCAGAGUGAGAGAAUACCACUGCUAAUGCCAGCUCCGACUGCUAAGAUUUUCUUUACUUUGACAUAUUUCUCUGCAUAUCUGAAACAUCUGUUAUAAUUUCUACUCUUCGGGGCGGAAGGACAGAGAAGUUACCGGUACCAGCAAUGGGAGAUCCCUCCCAUCGGGCAAUAUACAUGCCAAUUUGGCAUCCGAAGACAAUAUUGUUGCUGGCAUCAGUGGCCUUCCAGGGCGUGAAUACCACACUCGCUUUGCCAGUGAAGAGGCAUCAGUGGGUUCUACAUGCAGCAGGAGUGGAGAGCUCAUAAUGGGCCACAGAGUUAUUACAAAUGUCCCCUUGAGGAUUGCCUGCUGAUCUGUCACUCCAGGUCUCCAUCAUCUACCUUCCAAGGAGGAAUUCAGACAUCCACAGAGAGUCCUUUCUCUCAGAGAUCCCACCAAGUCUUUGUCUCCACCACAUGGAACCAGGAAAUGGUACACAGAUUUCGGAAUUUCUUCUUCUGGGAUUAUUAAAGGAACCAGAACUACAACCUCUUGUAUAUGGGCUUUUCCUCUUUAUGUACCUGGUCACAGUUUCUGGAAACCUGCUCAUCAUCCUGGCUGUUAUCUUUGACCCCCACCUCCACACACCCAUGUACUUCUUCCUCACCAACCUGUCUUUUGUAGACAUCUGCUUCACCUCCUCUACCAUCCCCAAGAUGCUGCUGAACAUCCAGACAAAGAAUAAAGUCAUAACCUAUGAAUGCUGCAUCACGCAGAUAUAUUUUGUGUUAUUCUUUGCUGUGUUGGAUGACUUUCUCCUGACUGUGAUGGCCUAUGACCGCUAUGUGGCCAUUUGCCACCCCCUGCACUACACAGUCAUCAUGAACCCCCGGCUCUGUGGACUGCUGGUUCUGGUGUCCUGUAUCAUGAGUGCCCUGCAUUCCUUAUUACAAAGUUUAAUGGUGUUGCGACUAUCAUUCUGUACAGACUUGGCAAUCCCCCACUUUUUCUGUGAACUCAAUAAGGUAAUUCAACUUGCCUGUUCUGACACCUCCAUCAAUGAAACAGUGAUGCACUUGGCUGCAGUUGUCCUGGCCGGUGCGCCCCUCACUGGUAUCUUGUACUCUUACUCUAAAAUAGUUUUCUCCAUCCGUGGAAUCUCAUCAGCUCAGGGAAAGUAUAAAGCAUUUUCCACCUGUGCAUCUCACCUCUCAGUUGUCUCCUUAUUUUAUUGUACCAGUGUAGGAGUGUAUCUUAGCUCUCCUGCUACCCACAACUCACUGUCAAGUGUAAUUGCCUCAGUGAUGUACACUGUGGUCACACCCAUGUUGAACCCCUUUAUCUACAGUCUGAGAAAUAAAGACAUAAAGGGGGCUCUGAAAAGUUUCUUAUUGAUAACAGCUAUAAAAUGGCCAAUUACACCCGAGUUUAAGAAACACUCAUGA